AUGAGGAGAUCGUUCCAGGCGCGGGUCCAGAGGCUUCUCGCAGUGCGGUGGUUUACUGAGCGGCCGGGUAUCAAAACAUCCCAGCUGUCCAGGAAGAGCUACUGCCCAACUGCCAGGCCGUGCCAAGAAGAGGAGGCUGUCUUGGGGGGUGUGCUCACCAGCCCAUAUCUCAUGCAGAAGACAACUGAGUUGUUGCAGCACUUCCAGCAUGAGCUGACGGGCAUGCACGGUUUUUUCGACGAGCUUGGUGUCAUGCCGACAAAGGUCUCCGAAAGCCGUUUCGGGGGCGAGGUGGAGCCUAUGUCGGCCCAGCGCAAGAAGGACAUCGUCAUGAGACUAGCCGUUAAGGCUAUUCACCAAUCCAAAUGGACAGCCCUGCGAAUUUGCUGGUCGCGCUACAUACAAAAGCAGGACAAAGAGCUCAAAUGGCUUCGACAAAGCUACGACGAGCUUCAGCAGCAGUUUCUCACCGUUCGCCAGGACUAUUUGCAAGAACUCUCCAUGCUGCGAGACCAAACUCGCGUGCGUGGAGACAUGGACACCUCCGAUUGGCAAAUCCAAGGACGUGGGUCUGAUGUCGUAUAUUUCUUUGAUCCGGCCAAAGCUCUGACUCCACGAGAAACGGAGUUUAUGCUGAUGGCGGUGAAAGAGAAGUUGACGAUGAUUCUCGAAAGCAACCCGCGAGUUGCGGGGUGCAUCGAUCUGGGGCAGUUCGAGAAGCUCAAGGAGCUCAGAGAGAGCCAGGAGGUCCAGAACAUGAGGCAAGUCCUCGUGCGCAAGGGCCACGAAGUGAACGAGCUGCGCCAGACGGUGGCUCAGCUCCAGGAGGAGUUACUGGCUGUGCCCAAGACGGCGUCGACGCCUGCAGCACACGUACAUGUGAUGGCGGACCUGGAGGAGAAGGUGGCGGAUUUGCGGAGCAGCGCCCAGCAGCUGAAACAGGAGAUGCGACUGGAAGCCAAGGAGCGACGACUGGCAGAAGGCCUUUUGGAGGCGGCACGCUUGGAGUGCUCCGAGCUGCAGGCAGCCGUGGAGCAAAUGGAGGCCGAUCAGUCCUCGCUUCAGUCCGCCCUGAGUACGUCGAAGCGAGAUCUCGAGGAGGCUGAAGAGCACGUCCAGCAGCUGCUGGGGAAGGAGCGCGAUCUGCAGGUAAGGCUCACAAACUUGAACGAGACUUGUGAAAGCUUGAAGAAGGCUGUCCGAAGAGCUCGGAUUGCAGAAUCUCGGAAGCAGCCAACUUCGCCAAAGAGCCCAGCGAGUUACAAGACCAAGAGCAUUGCCUUCAUGGAAGAACCCUUUACGCCGGAGCUCGUGCCCGAGCCUGCCAGCGUGGACUCACCAUCCAAGAGCUCAGCAGACGUCGACAUAUCCCUUUUGGACGAGGCUCACGAACAGCUCCUCGAAGCCUGGGCCAAAAGGGAUGCAGAGAUGGCCAAGGUGGAGGAGUUGACACAGCAGAAUGCACAGCUGCGCCGCCAGCUCGCCAAACAGAGCCAGGGACUUCUGCUAAUGGAUGCAGAUAACUCUGCGGGAGAGGCGAGGCAUUUGGCGAGCUUUGUGGAAACGGUUCGUGCGCAGCUUCUGACGGAUGCAGACGGGGAAAUGGGAAUGGGAGCUUCAGAGUUCCAGGUGUCAUUCCCGGAGCUGGAAGCUGAACUGAAGGUGGUCUCUGCUGAGGCCUCCCAGACUUUAGCGGCGGUUCGCUCUGCCUUGGAGCAGUUGCAAGUCGGGAAUGCUGCGCCCGCGGAACUGGAAGCCUUGCAAGAGCUGCAGCAGAAGAGCCUCUCCUGUCAAAGCCAGAAGCGGGACCUGGAAAAGAAACUCCUGGAGCUCUCCACCAAGAGCCUGAAUGGCGUGCUGGAGAGCGAGACGGGCCCGGGUGAAGACUCGUCUGCCGCAACCGCGGCAACCGCGACCAGGCACAUGCGAGGUGUCACCGUGGCUGCUGUCCAGCUCCUGACCGAGGUCGGUCAAAAGAUGCAGGAACUCGCUACCGAGAAUGCAGAGCUGCGUGGAGCCUUGCUGUCACUAUCGGCGCGGCUAACCCAGGCAACGUCACUGAUACAGGCGUCACCAGCAUUGUCAGGUGAUGGCACGCUGCAGAAGUGUUUGACCACGAUGACAAAAAUCAACGAGGACCAUGUGCCAGCCGUUUUCGAUCGACUGUUCAAUGGGCCGCGCAGACCCAGCAUGCGUUUGGAGCGCCAGGCACAAGAUCGCAAGUCAGAGCUGAUGAAGUCUUCCUGUAUCCAUCUCGCGGAUGAGCUUCCUCGCAGGCCAACCAUCCAAUCGAUUCCGGGCGCGAUCGGUGCUGAAGAGCCGGUGAUCUCACCUAGGGAUGAAUCGGGCAGAGCAUCGAGGGGAGUCCACAAGAUGUUGCGGCGAAACAGCUCGCUCGAGGCGGACAAGGAUGCCAGCUGCUUGAGUCCCGAAGCAAGGUUCGGUUUGGGACAGAGUGCCCCUUCCGACGAUGAGCGAAGAAAGAGCGGAGCUCCCGGGCCGGGGCCGCCCCAGAGGCAGCGCCGGGAGUCCCUGAGGAUGUCAAGCUUUGAGUUUGGACGACCGAGCCUCGACAAGACGACGGAAAAGGAACAGCUUUUCCCGAUGUCGGUUUGUGCGAUCAGCUCGGAAGCAAGGCUUGUCUGCAGGGCCAGCACUGGGCCCAUGUCUCCUGACUCACCGGAGGCUGCCCAGGCAGUGGACCUGUCCUCUACCUCGAGGCCGCAGCUCUGGGGCAAGCAGCGAUCCUUAGCGGACAAAGAGGCCGCGGAUUCUGCGGAGCGGCAGCGUUUCUCAAAGACCAACUACAGACGCGACUACAAACAGCACCGACUUGCUGGAGGAGGCAUAGACAUCAAGGGUGACGUAGACAAAGCUUUCGACAAAGCCAUGGAGAAGUUGACUCCACGUCAGCCGCGGCCGCAGCUGCCGUUUUGGAAAGACGAAGGACCUCUUCUACCACAUAUGCCAAAGGUUUCUGUCCAGUCUUCACCUCGUGGACCCAUCUCUCCGGGAUCGCGUGACGACGGGGACGAGGGCCUGGGCCCCUUGGCUCCUUUGGAGCGAGCUCUGUCUGUUGGCUCCUCGCUCUCCUCCGGGGGAGAGUCCGACUCCAUGCUUCACGCGGCCACCUGCCCGGCACAGGAGUCAGCGCCCCAAAAAUGGCAAUCGGACCACCUGCCUGCAGUGCCGAUGGUUUCUAUCCAGCAAUUGGAGCUCAGACAGGAGAGCCACUCUUCUUGGAACGAGCCCCUGUCAUCCAGGAGGCAGAUGAGCAAGACGGAUGCGACACCCUACUCUCCCGUGGCUCCCAAGGAGUCGUGGAGAAGCUCAAUGCAGUAUGCAAUAACACGCCGUCGAAACUCGGACAUCUCCUCGAUGGUCAAUCGGCCGGAUCCGCCGCAGAUGCGGCGGAGGUCUUUUUUGGGACUCUAG